CGAUGGAUUGCGAUGUUGGUGAUGCCGCUUCCUGUUUCACUCGAGUCCAUGCGUGAAUGCUGGUCUGCAGCGCCCCGCCGUGUUCAACACAGGUUAUUUGACGUUGAGAUUGACAUCUGCGUUACAGCGUGGACUAUUUUGGUGUCUCCAGGACAAAUUUAAUUGACACUAUUUUCACCAAUAGUGUGGUUAAAAAAAAAAAACUUUCUAAACUCAACCAGAGAGCGACUUAAAAGAUCACAACAACAAAAUGAAAUAUGUCAGGUGGAUUGUUAAAAGAUGUUUAAUUCAAUGACGCAUUUCCGUCAAGCCACUGCUGCUGUUGACCAGGGCUCUGAUGUCAACCUUUAAAUGCUUCACAGUUACAGUGCGUGUUGUGAUGUAAAUGAGUUUGCAAGCUUGUGCUUUGACCAUCAACUAAAGACAAGCGGGCCACUGGUCUGUGUGAGGUCAUGCUGUGAAACAUUAAAAGUAGCUGACCGCCUCAGUCGUGCUUCUCAACCAUCUAAUUAGACCCAACAGGCCGUAGAAGGUCAGGAGAAUGACUCAGCCCACAGCAGCCGUGCAGCCUCUGGAGUUUGGCCCAAAAAGCUGCACAGAGGGAAAGAAGAGAUAUGACAAGACGUUUCUUCUGAGUUUGCAGUUCAUCCCGGCAAGCCUGAAGAAACCUGACGGUCUCCCGCCCAUCAAAGACGUCGUCUUCGACAAGCCCGUGGCGACGCCCCCUCAUCCUCUUAGUAGUCAUGAUUCCACUCAGUGCAGUGGCAACCAGCUCACACCUGGAGCGGCAGAGGGAAGACAAAGACCAACAGAGAAAGCCACCAGCCAGCUGAGUGCUGAAGUGCAGCUGAACACAGUGGAGAACGCCUGGAAGCCGUCCGUGAGGAAACCCACCUGGAACCAGCCGACGAGGGAGACCGAGGAGAGCGAGGCCGACGCUAAAGUCCUGUUGAAACAGUUCCGUGGAAUCCUGAACAAGAUGAUGCCCGAGAAGCUGGACCGACUGAUGAGACAGGUGGCAGGGCUGAAGAUAAACACGGAGGAGAAGCUGAAGGGAGUUGUGGACCUAAUUUUUGAGAAGGCAAUUGCCGAGCCUGCGUACUCGGAGCAGUACGCCAAGAUGAGCCGCAUGCUCUCCGGGCUUAAGGUCCGCUGCCAAAGUAAACCUGGGGAGUUUGUGAAUUUCCGCAAGCUGCUGCUGAAGGAAAGUCUGAGGGAGUUUCAGAGCGACAAGAUGAACAAGUGGAUCUUUGAGAAGAAGAUGGAGGCGCUAAAAGACUCACAAGAAGACGAGAAGCAGCGACUCGCUGAGGAACUGCAGGAGGCCAAAGACAGAGCCAGGCGGCGCUCCCUGGGUCACACCGUGUUCAUGGGCGAGUUGUUUAAGCUGAAGAUGAUCACUGGACACAUCAUGCAUGACUACAUCAUGAAGCUACUGAAGAAUCACGACGAAGAGUCUCUGGAGUGUCUUUGCAAAGUGUUUUUAACCGUCGGCAAGAACCUGGACGACAAGAAGUCCAAGUCUCGUAUCGACCAGUACUGUAACCAGAUGAAGAAGAUCAUUAAGAACAGAAAAACGUCCUUCAGGAUCCGCUUCAAGCUGCAGGAUGUUUUGGAUCUUCGACAGAACAACUGGGUUCCCAGGAAGGCUGACCAGCGCCUCAAGACCUUGGAGCAGAACCAUGCUGAACCUGAGCUGCAGCUGGAGGUGCAGCAGGCCUUAGAGAAAGUCGAGACAAACGCUGAUGCAGGAUCAAAGGUGGCCGAAGAUGGCACGAAAAGGAGUGUAGAGCCUGUGCUGGCAGCAGCAGGUGACCCCUCCUCUCCAGAUGAAGGACAGAACUGUGUGGCCGGCCCUCUUGCUGCUGACGUGACACCACUGAGCCACGAUUCACCGACUUGUGAUGUUCAGGAACAACUGCUGGGUCUGGCUGCAGGAGGACUAGAAUUGAAUGGCUGUUCGUCCCUCCCCGGCUUCUCACUUGUGCCAAAACCGCCAUGCUCCUCGAUCCCGGACCCAGAGAGACUCACCAACGAACGUCAAGUCACUGAGAAUGGAGAGAGCGUUCAGAGAGCCGAGUCAGAAGAACCAGUCUGCAGAGGUGACAGUGGACACGGAGAGAAGCUGGUUACUGCCUCCCCGCCUGCCCACGUCAACCCCAGACUCCACCUGCCGGAGAAAGUGGAGGCGACACUUGAACCUGCCCUGAGGAACGUGCUGAGUGCUGCUGAACUGACCGAGCAGCUGGACGCACUGAUCCGGGACAGGGCCGACAACCAGAGCAUCUCUGACUGGUCUGAGAAAAAUACGUGUGUGGUCCGGCAGGAGCUGCAGACUUCCGACGUGUUCUUGAGAGUCCUGACCAGCUGCAUCUGCAAGUCUGCCAUCGUCUGUGAUAAAGUGUUCACAGUGAACGUGCUGCAGAUCUAUCACAGGGCAGGGCUGCUGCAGAAAUAUCUGCCAGAUGAGCAGAAGCAGCUGCAGGCUCUUUACGCACUGCAGGCUCUGAUGGUGCAGAUGGACCAUCCACCCUAUCUUCUGCGGAUGUUCUUUGUUACGCUGCACGAUCAGGACGUGAUCUCGGACGAGGCCUUCUUCAGGUGGGAGUCCUGCACUGACCCGGAGGAGCAGCUGGGCCGGAACGAGGCCCUGAAGUCGGUCGCGGGGUUCCUGGCCGGGCUCAGAGAGGCAAAGGCCGAGACUGAGCUGGAGUCACUGGACCAGAGCGCCAGCUAGUGCUGAAACACAAAUACUUCAGCAUUGAAUUACUCACUUAUUUAAUUCAUAUUAUCACCAUCAAACUUCAGCAGCCCGAGACAAGGGACUUCAAACCAAAUCCAGACUGACGUGUACAUAAAAGUAUUUAAAUUUAAAUAGUUUAUCAAUUAAAGACAGUUGAAGCAGUAACUGUUUUGGUCUUCUGAUCCAGUGAUUGUGUCACAAGAAUUGAUUUCAGUGAGUUGCAGGCCAAAAAAUACUUUCUAUUAUUGCUAUUAUUAUUGUAUCACGCCGAACUGCCAGCCUAUUUCCAGGCCUUUGAACUCAGAACCCUGGUCAGAACCUGACCCCAGCAAUUUUGACCAUCUUUACCAUUAGUAUGGUGGCUGUUGUAUCAAAAUAAAUGGAAAUAUCAAAAUAUUAAUGAUAAAAUAUAUUGCCUAAAACAAUCCUGAAGCAGCACUUCACACCGCGUUAACUGCUAUAUUGGGCUGUAUAUGAGGUUUAAACACAUUUUAUUCUUCAGUAUAUUUUGGCCUGUCCAGUUCACUGUAAAACUACUCAGUUGAAUUUCCCCACUGUGGGACUAAUAAAGGCCAUCUAAUCUAAGAUCAGAGGUCUGACACGGUUGAGGUAAAUGUGACUUGAUCACGACACCCUUUUGAUGGUAGUCAACCAGUGGGAUCUAAAACACUUAAUGAAUGUAUAAACAGAUUAAUGAAAUGUAUCUUGAUUUUGA